AUACGCAAGUACGUUGCCUGCUGAGCUGCAGAGGCUUCUGAACACUAUUCGAGAACUGGACGAACGCUCUCAAUCGAUGAUACACCAGACGCGGCAGCAGACCAAGCACUGCUUGGGAUUGUCAAAGAAAUGGAACAGCGAAGAAGAUGAGGCCUCCAUUGACAAAAUGCGUAAAGAAAUUGAAGCCAAUCAGGAGAAUGCAGUCAGUCUCUGUACUGAGAAGGUUUUGCUCGCAAAACUAGCUUAUGAUCUGAUAGAUAGUCAUGUGAAACGACUCGACGAGGAUCUGAACCACUUUGCAGAAGAUUUAAAGCAAGAAGGAAAAAUAUCACCCGAUGAACCAGCAAUUCUUCCUCCAUUACCCAUUGUCCCCAAAACUGAAAAACGAAAGCCCAUUUAUGGAACACCUCAAUCAAAAAGGUUUGAUUAUAGGGAUAGGGAAUGGGAUCGUGAGCGUGACAGGGACUUCGAGCUCAUGCCACCCCCAGGAAGCCACAAAAAGGAAUAUGCUACUCCCGUGGAUGCUGAUCAACCAAUUGAUCCAAAUGAACCUACCUACUGUGUUUGCCAUCAGGUGUCUUUUGGAGAUAUGAUUGCCUGUGACAAUGAAAAUUGCCAAGGAGGCGAAUGGUUCCAUUACGCAUGUGUUGGGCUCACACCAGAGACGAGAUUCAAGGGAAAGUGGUAUUGUCCAACAUGCAGACUACAACCACAAGGUUAUUAA